AUGCCGGCACUCACAGUCAUUCGCAGCGGUGGCAAGGGAGUAGAGCGUAUAGAAAUGCGCGGGUGUUGGCAGCCCGUCCCGCACCUUGAGCGAUCUAAUGGAAGCGACGAAAUGAACGAUGAGGAAUUGCUAGACCAAGCCGAGGAUAUUUGGCGUAACAUUGGCUCAAACUUUGAAGUCAACCAAAAUCCCAGACUCUCGUCGAAGUUAAGUGGUGUGAAGGGUAUGCAUGCGUUACUUUGUGCUGGCUGUGGUACCUUGGUCGGCGACCGUGACGAUAUCAUUUCAAAAGAAUUUUUUGGCCGCUAUGGCAAAGCUUUUCUUAUGAAUACCAUGCUGAACGUUCGUAUCUGCCCAGCUCGCAAUCGAUACUUAAUGACGGGUAUGCACUGCAUUGCUGAAGUGUUAUGCAGCCGGUGUGACAAUGUGCUCGGCUGGAAAUACCUCAAAGCCAUGGAACCUUCCCAAAAAUACAAAGAAGGUAAAUUUAUUAUGGAGUACACUGCUGUUGACGAUGAAUCGGAAGAGCAUAUCUGGAAUCGAGUUUGA